AUGGAUGCUGGGGCUACCCUCCUCAUGGAUGCUGGGGCUUCCCUCCUCAUGGAUGCUGGGGCUACCCUCCUCAUGGAUACUGGGGCUACCCUCCUCAUGGAUGCUGGGGCUACCCUCCUCAUGGAUGCUGGGGCUACCCUCCUCAUGAAUGCUGGGGCUACCCUUCUCAUGGAUGCUGGGGCUACCCUCCUCAUGGGUACUGGGGCUACCCUCCUCAUGGAUGCUGGGGCUACCCUCCUCAUGGGUGCUGGGGCUACCCUCCUCAUGGGUGCUGGGGCUACCCUCCUCAUGGGUGCUGGGGCUACCCUCCUCAUGGAUGCUGGGGCUACCCUCCUCAUGGAUGCUGGGGCUACCCUCCUCAUGGAUGCUGGGGCUACCCUCCUCAUGGAUGCUGGGGCUACCCUCCUCAUGGAUGCUGGGGCUACCCUCCUCAUGGAUGCUGGGGCUACCCUCCUCAUGGAUGCUGGGGCUACCCUCCUCAUGGGUGCUGGGGCUACCCUCCUCAUGGGUGCUGGGACUACCCUCCUCAUGGAUGCUGGGGCUACCCUCCUCAUGGGUGCUGGGGCUACCCUCCUCAUGGGUACUGGGGCUACCCUCCUCAUGGAUGCUGGGGCUACCCUCCUCAUGGAUGCUGGGGCUACCGUCCUCAUGGGUGCUGGGGCUACCCUCCUCAAGCCGGAGGACUGUAUUAUUGGAUAG